AUGCAGGAGCUUGUGGAGGAGCUCGGCAUAUACAUGCUCUUCUUCGACAGAGCCGGGUACGGUGACAGCGACGCCAACCCGAAGCGCAGUCUCAAGAGCGACGCCACGAACGUCGAGGAGCUCGCCGACGCGCUGCAGCUCGGGGACAAGUUCUACGUGGCUGGCCGGAGUGGCUCUGGCCGCGCCGGCGGUGAACUACUGGUGGCCGCUGCCUGCCAACGUGCCGAGGACCGCGUACGGCUCCACGUCCGGGACCGUAGGACCUUCUGGAUCACGCACCACGCGCCGUCGCUGCUCCACGCCUGGCUCGCGCAGAAGUCCUUGAGCGCCUCCAGCGUGUGGGCCGAGAACUGCAGCAUGCGCUCGCGCAGCGGCGGCGGGGGCAGCCUCUCGAUGCGCCCCGUGAGGUCGGGGAACGGGAGCACGACUGGCGGCGUCUGCGUCGUCAGGCCGUCGGGGGACCAGCGCUCCAGCAAGGCUCCUGCAUGCAGUCGUGGGUCCUCCACAAGCUCCUGCAUGCAGUCGUGGCUCCACAUGCUCCAGCAAGGCUCCUGCAUGCAGUCGGGUGACCUCCUCAGCUCGCCCGAGCUGAUUCUUCGUAUCUCCCUCUCCUCCCAAAGUCUGAAGUCACCUACUGUUACUGCGCCAUACCCAGUCCCAGGCACGCUUGCAGUCGCAGGCGACAUGGCGGAGGCCAUAGCCAUAUCACUCUCUGCGAAGCUCGCCGUGGCGCUAUCCCGCAGAGCUGCCCUUGGCAUACCGCGCCUCUUCGGUGUCCGCUCUGACGUCGCCGCCGCCAUGCAGGACCUGGACCUCCUCCGCGCCUUCCUCCGCUUCGCCGACUCCCGCCGAGGCACGGACGCCGAGCCCGUGGCCAUGUGGCUCAGGCAUGUCCGGCACGUCGCCUUCGAGCUCGAGGACGUCGCCGACGAGUGGUCGUACCUCUCCGGCAAGGGCCUGGCCCGGGACUGCAUCAACGUCAAGGCCUGGUUUGCCCUCUCGAGGCGGCUGCGCAAGGCCCGGGAGAGGCUCUGCCGGUUGUCCGCGGAUAAGGAGCGGUACGGCAUCCGCCCGUCCGACGGCGGCGCCGGGCCCUCCGAUACCCUUAUUCGUCGGCCGCCGAUGGCAGACAGGGCGCACUUUUUGGAGGAGGAGGAGGUGAUCGGCUUCGCGGCACAUGAGAAGCAGCUGAUGGAGCUGCUGGUCAAGGACGCAGAGCCACGGCGGGCCCUGGUCGCCGUGUGCGGGAUGGCUGGCGUCGGCAAAACCACCCUCGUCACGCGCGUGUACAAGCAGCUCGUGACGACGACGAGGCACUUCGACUGCUCCGCGUUGGUCGUCGUCUCGCAACACUCGACGAUGGAAGAUCUCCUCCGGGAGAUGCUCAAAGAGCUGCACCGCGACGUCCGCUGGAACGACGCGGGCGCGGACUACCGGUCGCUCGUGGCGGCUGUGCGGGACCGUCUCGCCAAGAGGAGGUACCUAGUCGUGCUCGACGAUGUCUGGGAGGCUCACCUGUGGAACGAGCAGCUCCGCCACGCGCUCCUCGAGGACGAGCCGGGGAGCCGGGUGGUUAUCACCACGCGCAGAAGAGACGUGGCCAUGGCCGCGGAGCCCGAGAGAGUGAAGAUGCUGGAGCCCCUCGUUGACACCGAGGCGUGGAAGUUGUUCUGCUCCGUCGCCUUCAGGGGGGCAUCCGGGCAGGAGUGCCCGAGCCACCUGAAGAUGCUUGCUAAAAGUAUGCUGAAGCGAUGCGGCGGCUUGCCGCUGGCGAUCGUCUCCAUCGGCAACCUGCUCGCGCUAAGGGAGAGGACAGAGUUCGCCUGGAAAAACGCCCAUGACAGCCUCGUGUGGGACAGCAGCUGCGAUGAUCUUGGGAUAGGCGAGGCAGCAAGCAUACUCUACUUGAGUAUCGAUGACCUUCCGUACCACCUCAAGAAAUGUUUCCUGAGCUGCAGCGCGUACCCUGAGGACUUGUUGAUCAAGAGGAAGUUACUGAUUAGGAACUGGAUUGCACAGGGCUUCGUGGAAGAGCAUCUGGGACUUAGCCAGCGUAAAGCAGAGGAUAUCGCAGAUGAUUACCUGGACCAAAUAGUACAGCGCAACCUGAUGCAGGCCGUUGAAAGGAAUGAAUUUGGCCGCGUUAAACGGUGCACCAUUCAUGACACUAUCAGGGAACUGAUCAUUAACAGAUCCAAAGAUGAGGAUGGCUUCUUACCAUUGGUAAAUGGUGACGGAACAAUGAAUUGCAAUACCAGAAUCCGUCACCUUGUCGUUGACAGAUGCAGAAAUGAAGAUUCCAUGUUUUUUUCGCAAUGGGCCACACUUCGCACCUUUACAGUAUUUGGGUCAGAAUUCGAUGUUUCCAUCCUGGUACCUCGCUUCAGGCUCCUAACCGUGCUAAACCUCUGGUUGAAUGGGACUAAGAAGUUACCAGGCUCACUGACCAAUCUUCACAAUCUGCGGUAUCUCGGCAUCCGUUCCACUCUCAUUGAAGAGCUGCCAAAGGAAUUGGGCAACCUGCAGAAGCUGCAAACCUUGGAUGCCAAGCUGUCCAUGGUUCAGAGGCUGCCAAGCAGCAUAGCAAAACUGAGGAGCUUGCGCCACCUCAUAGUUUUGACACGUGAGACUACAGACCUGUUGAUUCCAUACCCCGGCAUGGCAGUAGGAGUUCCUAUGGGGCUAGAAAACCUGACCAACCUGCAGACACUCAAAUAUGUUCGAGCUCAUAAGAAGAUGGUCAGAUCCCUAGCAGGACUGGAGCAGAUGAGAAGCCUAGAGCUAUCUGGAGUGAAUGAGAGCCUCAUAGCCGAUUUGUCGUCGUCAAUCUCUAGAAUGAACUGCCUUCUGCGGUUGGGAUUGGAGACUGAACCUGAAGCAGACACGGUACUAGAUUUGGAAUCAAUCUCUCAACCACCAAAGCUGCUACAAAAGCUCUCUCUGACGGGCAGGUUACAAGGUGCAAAACUUCCAUCCUGGACCAGCUCCCUCACUAGCCUCGUGCGGCUACGGUUGUGUCGGUGCCAGAUUGGACAUGAUUCUCUCGCGCUCCUAGCCGCGCUUCCUAGACUGGUGAAUCUUAGCCUCAUCACUACAUACCAGGAGAGGGACAUGGUUUUUGUCAAAGGUGGUUAUCCGAGCUUGAGGAAACUCACAUUGGAGGACUUGCCCAACCUUAGUCACAUAGAAUUUCAAGAAGGUUGCCUUGUAAAUCUACGUGAUCUGGUCCUUGGUCGGUGCAUGGAGCUGAUUGAAACACCUCGAAGCAUGGAGAAGCUCAAGUAUCUGAAGAAUUUUUAA